GAGACGCGUUCUGGAGUCUUUCUCGUCACCAACCCUCAUGACGUAGAAAGACCCCAAAAGUCAACGAUGGGCAUGAGUAGAUUAGGAUGUCCUGUUGAGUGUUAGGUCUGAAGGAUAGAACAUAUAGGAGCGAGCAAAGCAUUAGAAGGCAGAUGGAAGAAGUUCUGUAGGACAGACCGGAGGUGAAAGUAAGGGCGGCACCCACCACCUUCGAUGGCUUCAAGAGCUUUGAGCCUCGCGUUGAGACUCCUUACGCUGGUCUUCCUCGUCGUAGCGAUGGCGGUCUUGGCGGCGAACACAGAGACCUUGCAGAUUAAUAUGAAAACGGAACUCAAAAUCCGGUUUAGGGAUGUCUACGCGUACCGGUACAUGCUAGGAACCAUCGUGGUUGGAGCUGCAUACACUCUCAUCCAAAUUGUACGAACACUUCACCGCAUAUGCAAAAUGAAUCAACUGAUAAACCGCGACGACGGCUCUCUCUUUGAUUUCUUCACGGACAAGAUCGCAUCGUAUCUACUGGCGACCGGAUCCGCUGCAGGAUUCGGGGUGACAAAGGACAUGAAGUCGUUGUUAGGAGGUUUGGGAUUGCCCUUCAACAAAUUCUUCGACAAGGGCUAUGCGGCGGCGAGCCUCCUCCUCCUCGCCUUCGUCUGCACCGCACUUCUCUCGAUCCUCUCUUCAUUUGCCCUCCCUAAGAAAGUCUGAUGAUACCCUUUUCUUCCACCUUUCGGAAUUGUUAUUGAAUGUGUUUUGCUUGCAGUAAGGCGUGGUAUGUGUAUAGUUUACUAUUCUCUGUGUAUGCAUUUUCUAGCGUCACUAAAAUUAAUGUAAUGAUGAGUAGUGGAUUAAUAUAUCUAUAAAAAUAGUCGUCCUUGUUAUUAA